GUUUAGUCGAGUUGGCGCAUUGUCACACACAGAUGUGCCUCUUUACCCUGACACAACACCGUAACGGACUCAAACUCAAGACCCACAGUCACUCAGGUUACAUUCACAAGGCGUAUAACAGCCCCGAGAGUCCUGUCAGAUUGUGUACCGCUCGAGCCCAACUUCCAGAAGCCACUUUCCUAAUUCUCCAACCAAGCCUUAUCGUCCGCAACGUGUCCUCGGAGCAUACAGCUGAUUUAGCAGAAUAAAUAUCGGAGAGAGCCCGGGUCGGAACUAGGGAAAACUGUCUUCUCCUCACAAGCAUAGGUUUAUUCGCCUUUUUCCCGAAGACGCUGUCAGCGAUUUCCCUCGGCAUCUCCUGGUUCACGUUUUGGAAAGGGGACAGUCGUACCUCUGCCUGCAUUCAUAUCCCGAGACCGACGGUGUGUUCCAAAGCAACAAGGAACGUAUUUUCUCAGUGAACCAGACAGUGUUAAUUUCUCAGGAUCAAAACCUGAAACGAAGACGGGUCUCCGUUUUCAAUCAAAUGUCAUAAAACUGUUAUUGCGCACAACGAGUCAAUACUUUUCUUGCGGGGACGACGCCGACUUUUUAAUUACUUCAGACUGUAAUAUAUCAGGUGAGAAGUCCCCCACUUGAGGGCGAAAUCAGACAUUCGAGGACGGCAAGUUCGAGAGCGCCAGGACCCGGGUCUUCCUUAUACAACAUGCAGAAAUGCAUCAGGUAACCGUGGCAGAGUCGGCUGAGUGUCGGCGUGUGUGAAGUGUAAUUGCUACAGGAAGAGGAGGGGAGCGUCUCUUAUCUGCUGCGGGGACUAAGCCCCUCCCCCGUCCACACAGGCAUGUCCGAGGAGGCAGGGUUGGAUGUGAGAGGCAGCAGCGAGGAGAGAAGCAGCCAGGCGCCCAGAGACCCGGAAAGCGAGAGGGCACCAGAGUCCACCCUGAGCGGCACCGCCAACACCCCGACUACCACCUCUACCAGCAGCAUCACCUCCAACCAGCUCCACAACAACAGCGCUAGCCCCACAGCCGUCUCCAGCAGUAGCAGUAGCGGUGGCUCCAGUGGUGCCGUAGGUGUUAGCACAGUUAGCCGCAGCGCUAAGGGAGCAGAGGGGAGGUCCUCCAUGCAGUUCAGCACCAGACCUCCCAGUGCUGAGCCUGGCUUCAUGGGGACAUGGCAGCAACAGAGCACUGACCAGAGCAACCUCCUCUUCAGAAUGUCCCAGCAGGCGGGUGCUGUAACACGGCUUCCUCUGAAGUGCGACAGGUCGACUAUGGGCCGAGACCUUACGGACGAGGCCAUUCGCUGCACUCUGGUGAACUGCACCUGUGAGUGUUUCCAGCCAGGAAAGAUCCACCUGCGUACAUGUGACCAGUGCAAGCACGGCUGGGUGGCUCACGCGCUGGACAAGCUGAGCACGCAGCACCUGUACCACCCCACCCAGGUGGAGAUCGUUCAGUCCAACGUGGUGUUUGACAUCAGCAGCCUGAUGCUGUACGGGACCCAGGCGGUGCCGGUCCGACUGAAGAUCCUGCUGGACCGUCUGUUCAGUGUUCUGAAGCAGGAGGAGGUGCUCCACAUACUGCACGGCCUGGGCUGGACCCUGAGGGACUAUGUCAGGGGCUACAUACUGCAGGAUGCUGCGGGCAAGGUGCUGGACCGCUGGUCCAUUAUGUCUCGGGAAGAGGAGAUCAUCACCCUGCAGCAGUUCCUUCGUUUCGGAGAGACCAAGUCCAUCGUGGAGCUGAUGGCCAUCCAGGAGAAGGAAGGUCAGGCGGUCACCGUGCCCUCCUCCAAGACCGACUCAGGCAUCCGGACGUUCAUCGAGAGCAACAGCACAGGACGCGGCCGAAGCCCAGGCCUCCUCAACCACAUGGAGACCAGCAGCCCGUCCAGCAUCCACCACUUUGAGAACAUCCCUAACAGUCUGGCCUUCCUGCUGCCGUUCCAGUACAUCAACCCUGUGUCGGCACCCAUGCUGGGCCUGCCCCCCAAUGGCCUGGCGCUGGAGCAGUCGGGCCUCCGGGGCCUCCACGACCGGGACCGCGAUGCCAGCCUACCCAACCAGGGCGAGCCGGUGGAGAGCAGCGAGUCCGAAGUAUCCCUCAGCCCUUUCCGCAGCAGCGGUCAGAGCCCCAGCCGCAUCGGAGCCCUGGGGGGCAUGAACAACGCCAUGGAACCCAAACAGGAGCCCAACAACCGAUCAUCACCCAUCUCGCCCACUCCUUCCAGCCAGCCGUCCCAGCAGCAGACGGAACAACAGCAGCAAGGCCAGCAGCAGCAAGGCCAGGGGCAACCCGGGACCCCGCGGCCUAGGUCCAACUCCCUCAAUGACCACCAGGCCCACCACCACUUUGUGAAGAGCGAGCAGUCCAAGAGCAUCACCCACUCCUCCUUCUCCUCCAAGAUGCACCGCAUGCGCCGCAUGGGAGCCACCUCACGCAAGGGCCGCGUGUGCUGCAACUCGUGUGGCAAGACCUUCUACGACAAAGGUACGCUGAAGAUCCACUACAACGCCGUGCACCUCAAGAUCAAGCACCGCUGCACCAUCGAGGGCUGCAACAUGGUGUUCAGCUCGCUGCGCAGCCGCAACCGCCACAGCGCCAACCCCAACCCACGCCUGCACAUGCCCAUGCUGAGGAACAACCGCGACAAGGACCUCAUCCGUGGGUCGGGCCCAGGCACACCCGUCAUCUCCAGCGCCAAGAGCGGCUUCACCCUCACCAGCCCCGGACGGCCGCCUCUGGGCUUCGCCACCCCGCCCCUGGACCCCAUGCUCCAGUCACCCCUGCAGAGCCCACUGGUCUUCCCCUCCCUGAAGUCGGUGCAGCCCAUCCAGCCGGUGCCCCCUUUCUACCGCACGCUGCUGUCCCCACAGCACCUGGUCAGUCCUCCAGUGUCACUGCCCACCAGCCCCAUCCUGCCCUCCACCACCAACAGCACCUCUCUGAUGGACCAGCAGUAUCAGCUCCUGGCUGCCGCUGCGGCCGCAGCCUCCCACAACGCCCACAAUAUGUCCUCUGAAGGUGGGCUAAUGUCCCACCACAGGCUGCCCACCCCCAGUAUCCCCCAGCAGGAUCCAGCUGCUGCCACCAACACAGACCCCACCCCCAAGAAGAAGCCCCGUAAGUCCAGCAUGCCGGUGAAGAUCGAGAAGGAGGUGAUUGACGUGGCAGACGAUUACGAUGAGGACAAAGACGACGAUGAUGACGACAGCUGUCACCACCACCACCAUCACCACCACCACCACCCCUCCUCCCACCUCCACCACAACAACAUCAAUGGAAACCGCAACAACAAUAACAACAGCAGCAGCGGAGGGAACAACAACGGCCACCACAGCGGCGGGAGCGGGCACCAGUCCCCCUCCCAGGAUGAGAUGAGCCCAGGCCUGAUGAGGGGACACCUGAUGAGGCACGACCAGGACAACUGCCGGGGAGAGGGACCCGGAGGAGAGGGCGGGAGGGGCGAGAGAGGAGGCCCAGGCGGUGAGCUCCGCUGCAUGGACAGCUUCACCUCCGAGGACCAGGACCAUGAGAGAGACUUUGAGAACGAUUCGGAGACUUCGGACUCCAAGAUGUUCUACCGUGAGGAGAUGAUGGAGGUGGAGGAGCAGCACCAGAGGCUGAGGCUCAACUCCUCCAGGAGCUCCAGAGUGGGAGAAGGCAACAACCUGGACAAGGACCAGGAGGACCAGGAGGCCAGAGAUGAGGAGGCGCAGCUGAGAAAGGAGAUGGAAGACCCCAAGAGCCGCUCCUCACCCUCACCCCACCAGCCCACCAUCAAGAUUAAGGAGGAGCUCAACGACCCCACCUACGACAUGUUCUGCAUGAGCCAGUACGGCCUCUACAAUGGUGGCAUGGCGGCCGCCGCAGCCGCUGCCGCCAGCAUGGCCGCCCUGCACGAGAGCUUCAUUUCCUCCAUGAGCUACGGCGCCAGCCCGCCCAAGUUCCCCUCCUCGCACUCCCCCGAGGGAGAACUGUGCACCAGCCCCAACUCCAACGACCCCAAGAUCUGCUACGUGUGCAAGAAGAGCUUCAAGAGCUCCUACAGCGUCAAACUGCACUACAAGAACGUGCACCUCAAAGAGAUGCACGUGUGCACAGUGUCCGGCUGCAACGCCGCCUUCCCCUCCCGACGGAGCAGAGACAGGCACAGCUCCAACAUCAACCUACAUCGCAAACUGCUUACCAAAGAGCUGGACGACAUUGUCCUGGACCCCCAACUCACGCCGCUGCCCAAGGACCUGCGCGCUGAGUUCCUGGCUAAGAUCUACGCCGGGCACCACUUGGGCCUGGACGCCAUGGCAGGGGCGGGCAUUGGCGGCGCCAGCCUGGGGGGAGGAGGGUUGAACCGUGACGCCAGCUCCCCGGCAGGCACCGAUUACCCCCACCCCCACCACCACCCCCUAAACCAUCACCAUCACCACCACCACCACCCCCUCCACCACCCCCACACCAACGGCUUCUACCACCGCGGUGGCCCCCCAGACGACUACAUGGUGCUGGACCUGAGCACCGCGUCCAGCGUUCAGUCCAGCGGGUCAGUCCAUUCAUCACGCCAGUCGGACGAGGGCAGCGACGAGGGCAUCCUAUUGGAUGACCUGGAGGAGGAGGGGGAGGAGGGAGGGGUCAGCGACAGGGAGGACUGCUCCCAGCAUGCCCCGGGGCAGGCAGGGGCCGGGGGGCGGCGGGACCAGGUCGGCGAGGGAGGAGUCGGAGGAAGAUCGGAGGAAGGUCUGACCGGCGCCGACCCCUCCUCCUCGCCGACCGUCCUGUCUUCCACCGGUGGCAGUGGUGGGAUCCUGUGCAGCAUCUGCCACAAAGUGUACAGCAACAAAGGGACCCUGCGCGUGCACUACAAGACUGUGCACCUGCGCGAGAUGCACAAGUGUAAAGUGGCCGGCUGCAACAUGAUGUUCUCCUCGGUGCGUAGCCGCAACCGCCACUCUCAGAACCCCAACCUCCACAAAAACAACGUGCCCUUCACCACCAUGGUAGACUAGCCCAACCCCCUGGCCCCCGUCUGGCCAACUCUACCCCCUUCCUCGACUCCCUCCUCACCCCAAACCAUGAGCUCUUACCCCCAGGAACUACACCUUAUCACCCUUAGACAUCAUGCACCACAGUUCUAUUUCCCUUCGAUGAGAUCCAGUGACUAUAUACAGUAAGCGUUGUGACUUUUGACCUUUCCUUCUUUGGAAGAACGAGGAUGAGACACUUGAAGUGUCUUUAUUCCAAAAACUGGCCCUGCCGGUUUCCCAUAAUCCCCAUUUCCUAUUUCCCAUAUGUCUUUGUUUUUGUCCAUCUCCAAAGAAUCUAUUCAAACUCUUAUUUGUGACUGUUGCCUGCAGAAAUGAUAAUAACAAUGAAAAAAAUAUAAAUCUUCUUGUUGUAUUUGUGUAAUGAUAGCUUUUAAAGGAAACCCCAUACAAGAGCAUGACUGCUUCAUUUGUAAAUAAUAUGUCCCAAGAGGCUAUUGGUGUAAAACAAUUGUAUUUGAUGGUUGUUAGCUAUUUUUUUGUUUCUCUUUUUUGUUUUUAUGUUACAGUACAAUACUUCCAGCGCUAAGGUAGGCAAGAAAGAGGUAGCAUCUUUACUAGCUUGAAAAAAAACAUUUUUAAACUGAGAAGAAACUAAUGAUCAUGUGACUGGUUGUAUCUGCUUGUUAGAUAUGCGGAGGUUGCCGGCAUGCUUUUUUUUGGCUCCUACACCAAUAUCAUUCUCUGUUCUUUUGUUUUUCUUAUCAUUUAUAGCUUUUACUAUACCAAUUCAGUUUUUCGCACUUUGCAACUAUACAAGCGGGAUGUGUAAUAUUAUUACAAGGAGGACUUUGCAAUGGUUGGUUUCCGCGAUGUUCGGGGUCUGAUAGACGGCCACAGUGCCAAGGGGAAAUGACUUAGCAUACUUGUGGCAGUUUUAUUUUUUUUGCACAUGUUCAGUUUCAAAAACGCUAUUUCACAACAAAAGACCCAUAUUUGUCCUGAACGAAACCCAACAUCCGGCCCAUUUACUCAAAUAAUCGUAAAGUCUAAGUAUUUCUACUCUACCAGAUACAGGAACGUGACUGACUACAAUACAGCUGCUGUUUUUGAAGGCAGAAGAUUUAGGUAUUGAGGAAUUUUGUUUGUGUUAUUUUCAUUUCAAGGAGUGUAAACCCAGUGUGUGACUGUAAUAUCAUAGUACUUAGCUACAGAGGUUGAAGUAGGCUAAUCUUUCUACUGCAUGUGGUAUUUGUGACCUAAAACAAGCGUUGGUUGAGUGUCCUAUUAUUUUAUACACAUUUCCAUGCAAAAAAUGGCCAUCCUAUCAGAAGUAUUGUGAAUGUCACAUUGAUUAUAAAACAAAGAAAUAGCCCUUAAACUGUGACCAAAACAAAAAGAAGCAUUGGUUUUUAAAACAAACUAUAUUUUUCCGCCAUACAGUUGUACUUUAACUUACACCCCAUAAAUUGAUAUGAUGCACUUGAGUCUUAAGCCUUUUGCUAUAUUUUUUCGGUAUUGAUUUCCAUUGCUGAUUGUUAGCUUCAAACGUGAACUCUGUGAAACUCUGUCGCCAUUACCUGGCUGUUUUCGGAGUUAUUUGCAGCCACUUUCCUUGUUUCCAUACACAUCUUAAGGUACAAAUAUUUCAGAUAACUAGGCAAAGUAGCCAGGGGAAGGAAGGGGUAUUUAUUGGCGAGUGAUGUUAUCUUGAUGCAGAUGUCUUGUCCAAUAUGAAUUCCUUGUUUUUGUCCCAGAAAAGAAAAAAAGAAAGACAGAUCGGUCUUCAUUUUGAGUCUGUGCCCUUCAGUUGAUGGUUAUUAUUGUGUUUUUGUCGUGUUACUAUGGAUGUGAAACAAUUGAGAGCUCCUCUUUCUUGAUUGGUGCUUAUCUUAAGGGGAUAAAAACGCACAGUGUUACGUGGUAUACAGUAUUCAAACCCCCGUUAUAUCCAUGAAAGUGUUGGACAUUUUUUUUUUUUAUGACUUAAACUAUUUUGCAAUGGGCAUGAUCGACCCUUUGAUGGACACGUUGGCGUAAACUCUUAAGACUUAGCUUCUCCUCUCUCCUCACUCAACCAACCUCCACAGCACUGGCAGCAGUCUUCACCCCUCUCCUCUCUCUGAAGAGAGAGAGAAAGAGCUGAUCUGAGUGAAAGGGGUUGCGGAGGUGGAGGGCUGACUUGAGAGGAAGAAGGGAUGACAGUGAGUAUCAUUAAAAAUGUGCUGUUCCACCGUUACCUGGAGGCCUUCUGACGCUGAUCUGUCUAAUAUCUCACUUGUCACUUCAUUACACCGCCAGACGUGAAUGUUGCUGACAGGACUGUGACGCCGACAGAGAUCCAACCCGUUCUCCCGGUCUCUCUCUCUCUUUCUGUCUCUUUCACCUCUCCCUCCCUCUCUGAGAGAAACCACCCCCGCCCCCCUCCUCUUCCCCCUCAACCCACCACUCACCCCCCUCCCCUCGCCCCCUUCUCGGGUCCUAUAGGGACACAGACUAAUAGUGUACCCUUAAGUUGACUGGACGCCCAUCGCCGUAGAAAAAGGAUGUGUAAUUGCCUGUUUAUCCCAGGUGAAGGAAAGGUUUGUACAGGAACCUUCGGCUACUUCCUGGAGUGGCACUGAGGCGCAGCCUGCCUCAUUUGCUCAGCGCACCGUACUGCACCUUACCGCCACGGGCCCAGCCGGAGAAGUACAGAAGUGUCACUCCAGGAACCCUGCUGACAGCUGUCUCUCUCUCUCUCUUCCACACACACACUCUCUCUCUCUCUCUCUCUCUCUUCCUGCUAACAGGCCAGUGGGAUGACAGCAACAAGAGGACUUGUUAACCUCUGGUGAUGGGCGGGAAACAAGGACACCCCGAGGCAGAGAGAGGGGGGCAGAGAGAGAGAGAGAGGGAGGGAAAAGAGAGAGAGGGAGCUCAUCCACGGUCCAUCAUUCUAUGUAAUAAAGCAGGCUGUCCAGUGUUAGCAUUCCAGCCUUGUCACUGCAGGGCACGCUAGCGUUUCAUUAGGGAGAACAGUGGAAUGUAGCAUUGAGUUGGACCGCAAUGGUCUGCCAUGGAAUGCACUGAGAGCAGUUGAGAAAGAAAGGUGGAAAGGGAAACCUAGUCAGAUGUCCAACUGAACGCAUUCAACUGAAAUGUGUCUUCUGCAUUUAACCCAACCCCUCUGAAUCAGAGAGGUGCGGAAGCCCCUCUUUGAAAGUGUUCGAUGGCUUACGAUGAAUACCGUGGAUAUAAAAGAACUGGGAGAAAGCUCGGGAAGGCCAAUCAGUCUGGUUUGGAACGUGAGACUGUAACAAGCUAAGAGUAAUCUUAACUAACGCUGCUGUAGCCAGUGACCCUUAGCCUGCGCGGUUAAACCUCACAACCUGAUCUGAUGACAAAAAAACUGCAGAACCCAAACUCUUAAACAUUCCUCUUGUCCUAUUCAAUGUUGUAGACCUCUCAAGCAGCCAGGGAGCUCAAUCAGUGACCUGUGUAUGUUAGUGUGUGUGUUAGUGUGCCAGAGAGAGAUUCAAUUCCCUUACACUGACUCAUCUCUAGCCCCUCUCAUCUCUACACGGUGGCCAUGCCAGCACGCCACGGCUUCUAGAGAGAGCUCGCAAAUGAGCUGAGAAAACUGCCUUGACACGCAAAAGACUGUCCAGAACAGAAUGUCCAGACUAAAGGGUAGGGAGAGAGAAAGGAGAGCAGAGGGACUGGUCUGAGAACGAAGGCGGUUUGGCCGGGACCUGCGGCAGUCACUUAACAAGGCAGGAGAGAUCGAGAGAAGCAGAGAGAGCGAGAAAGCCGUGCCAGCCUUCUUGACUGUCUGGCUGGAAAGCGAUGGAGCCCCCUGACCUUUCCACUCUUCUCCCUCUCCUCCUUCACAGGAGACAUUACAGUACAUUUUCUCCUCUCUCCUUCGAGAGGGCCUGAUCCCUCAAUCUCCCUCCCUCCCUCUUUCUAUCCAUCUUUAGCCCACUAGGAUCCAGGACAGAGCCCAGUGGUCAGGCCGAUGGGACCAUUACGGUCCUGGCUCGGUCCCCAGGAGGAGAAGGCCUCUUAAAACCCUCACUGGCCAGCCUGAGUGGAGUGAGCCUUUAAUAUUUCAUUAGGGGACUCGACUGCCAAAUGUCAGUUUCCCCACAACACACCAUCACUGAAAGAGAGAGGGAAGGAGAGAGAUGACAAUGGAGCAGGUGGGGUUGUCUAGUGAUCCGUUAUAGAUCGUAUACCCGUGUCCACUUUGUUUAAGUCUGUGGAGAGCAGGGUAGGACGUUAACCCAGUGUAAGUGGAGGGGGAUGUUUGCGAGCUGUCUGGUUAACCUCAUCCAUCUUGAAAAAUACAUGUGGAGAGGCUCAAAAGACACAUCGGAAGAUUGGUGGUUUUACAGAUGAUACGCUGUGGUCCAACAUUACCCUCGGAACUUGGUAACAGCAGUUCUACAGUAAAUGAUCCUGGAACAAAUAAAAAACAUGCAGAAAUGCAUAAAAUGUGCUUUUUACCCAUAUAUUGUAUUUGACAAAAGAACAGCUCACAAUCCUUAACAUUAUAGCAAGUCACCUCAAACUAUUUACCAACAUGCCAAUCUUACUUUUUAUAUAUAAAUAAGCUCAAAAGACUUUUGUGUACAUUUUCUUUUCCACAGUGAUGUUUUUGUGUAGCUGUCUGGUUCUCUUUGUGCUAAACGGCUGUGUUACCGCCCUGCAACCAGAGGCCUGCAUCUCAAUCAACUCUUAUUUUCACUGCCUGGCAUAGCAGCAUUGCUACAGAGUCACACCGCAAACGGCAGCAUCUACAACAGGGGAAGCUUGCAUCACUCUUGAUUUCAUAAUGGUGACAUUGGCAGCUUCAUGAAUACUGUAUGUCUCCUAAACAGGUUUUUCCCAUUAGCAGACUGGAGGAGAAAAAAAAGGUCCUCUUUCUUUCUUAAUUGAUUUUGUUUUGUUGCUUUCCUUGUAUUCUUCUGUAUCAUAACGGUCUAUGGUUUUUGCAUAAAAUGCAUAUGGGUUUUGGGAUGUAAAUGGAAUUUUAUUCAUAUUUUGUCCAAAUACCUCUUGUAAUUUGUAUCAGAAUUCUUGUACAAUUUUUAUAUUAAAGAUUUAUCAGUCACUGGCAA